CUUUCCCAAAGUCAACAUCCUGCUCCGGGAUGCGGUGGAGAAGCUGUUUCCCGCAGUCGUGAGCCGACGGAAGCAGGCCAUCCUGAGUGAUCCGCAGUUCUGUCGUGUUCUCCAGGCCUUCCAGCAGCAGUGGAACAGACAGCCCCCUCGUGCAGCUCCGCCACAGAACCCACCGCAGUUUAAUAUACUGAACCAACCACCGUUUAAUAUGUUGAAUCAACCACAGUUUGAUAUGUUGAAUCCUCCGGAGUUCAACAUCAGAGAGUUUUGCUCUGGAAUCAGUGUAGUGCUGUGCUGCAUGGCUAUGGUGGUGUUAAUGUGGCGUGUGUACAGUACCGACUCCAGUCAUGAGGUGCUGCUCAGUAAACCGCUCAGCAGGUGGAGCGCUGAUGAUGUCACUCUGUGGGUGGAGCAUCUGAGCGUCUGGACCAAUCCGUAUAAAGAAACCUUCCGCAGGGAACAGAUCAACGGCAGGUUACUGUCUGCUCUCAGCGAUGACGAUCUGUCCGUGGCUCCGUUCAGCAUCGAGAAUCAGUCUCACAGACAGAUCAUCCUGGAGGAGCGGCACAGACUCAGACAGCGCCGGGUCUCACUGAACCUCUGGCAGUACAAGGAUCUGAAUUUAGGGAAGACUCUGUUUCUGCUGUUGAGUUUGCGCAGAUUUCCCCGGCUGACGCUGCUCUGUCUGUUCCUCUUCGAUUAUGACGACACGUUUCUUCCCUUCAUCCACACCAGCUGCCCGGCACAAACCACACAGGACAGCCUGAUCGACACGCCGCUGGAUUGGCCGGGCUGGAGUCAGUGGGCGGAGUUUCUGCUGAUGUACUUCCUGCUGCCCUAUCAGCUGCUGUCUGCGUUCGCCUGGCACUGGAUGAGCGUUCAUUACUGGACGGCACGCCUCGUCAUGUUACACGCUGUGCUACUGUCCACGCUGGAUGUGCAUUUCUUCUGGACGCUGUUGAAGAGAGGACAGAUGAGGACGCUCCCGAAGCGUGUCUGGCAGGAGGUGUUAGCCGUGAUAACAGACGCCUCUGUGUUUGUGCUGCUGUGGAGGCUGAUUCCUCUGUUCUUCUGUAACUUUAUAUUCUACUACAAUCUGUACAUCUGCCCCUUCAACACUGCAGCGCUGGUGAAACGAGCACUGCUGCAGACAGACACACAGCAGCAGAGGAUCUGACACAGUCUUUCACAUUCACCCUGCUGCUGUUCAAUGAUACUCAGGUUCAUAGUAUACAGCUAUCAUUAUUACAGAAUCAAACCGCUCUUCUUCAUUCAUCUCUUCAGUCACCUGUUUGGGUGUUUGUUUCAUGCUGUUUAAGAGAAAUUCAGACAAUUCUGUGCAAAUAAAAUCAAUAAUACAGUAUUUAUUUUUAUAUUAUGAUUUAAAUGGAUAUUAUAAUCUGGGGCAAAAUGGACAAACAUUUUUUGAAUAAAAAGAGAAAGUGCUGGUGGUGUUGAGUGCUGUUAAUAUUAGAUAAGAAGUUGGUUU